AUGGACGCGAAACCUCAGCGCCCGCUGCGACCCUAUGCAGCGCAAGUCCGUCACAACGAGAACGUGUCCAUCAACACCACAGGCCACGCGUCCAAGAACAACCAGGUCCAUCAGGGCAACUUCCAUGGUACCACGACUGCUGCGGGGCUUAAGGGGCCUAUCAAACGAGCUGCCUUUGGAGAUUUGAGCAAUACCUCUGUGCCUAUCGUCAGCCAGAAUACCAAGGGUUUUGUGAAGCACACAGCAAACACGACCAAGAUGGUUCCCUACAAGGACGACAACAAGGAGAACGCUAUCAAAGUUGGCAAGAGCAAGGAAGCCUUUUUGAGACCAGCUCAGCGACCAUCCAAUGGUCUGAAGCCCUCGUCAAUUACCAAUGGCAUCUCUCAGACCGAGUCGCGAGGACACGCCGUCGUGAAGCAGACCACCGCUAAGAAAGCUACUUUUGUCUACAAUGACGAGCCUCAGCAAAAACAAAAAACCCUCAGCCGCCAAUUCAGGAGCCAGCCCUAUCUCAGAACCGCCGACGCGCCCGUCUUGCGCCGGACACAGAGCAAGCACACCAUCCAGGAAGAGCAACCCCACGAUGCCGAGGACGAGAUCGACGAAGCGCCCUACGAGGACGCUAUGGAAGAGCUACCUCGACAAGACGCGUAUUAUCCUUCCGAAGUGCCGACUUCAGAGCAUGUGGAGCAACACAUGGCUGCUGAUGCCAAAUUCUCACAGCCUCUCCCCGCGCCUGCUCCCCUGCACUCACUAGAGCCAGCGCCUUCUGUGCACGAGGCGGAGGAGUACUGGGAUGAGGAGGAUGAUGACGACUUGUACGAUGAGCAGGGAUACACGACGGCCCAUUCCUUCAGAUCACACGGUGACAAUACCACCACCGGCGCGACAACCCUGCUCAUGCCAAGGGCGAGCUCCAGGAUCCAGGAAGAGUUAGAAGAGGCAAGAUUCUAUGUCGAGGACAAUCGCCUGCAGGACGACAUCGAUGAGGAGGAGUGGGACGUCAGCAUGGUUGCAGAGUAUGGCGAGGAGAUCUUCCAGUACAUGCGGGAACUCGAGUUGAAAAUGCUCCCGAACCCUCACUACAUGACUGAAGUCCAGGCCGAGAUCCAGUGGUCCAUGCGCUCCGUGCUCAUGGACUGGCUCGUUCAAGUUCACAACCGAUUCUCUCUGCUUCCCGAGACCCUGUUCCUGACUGUGAACUACAUCGACCGGUUCUUGUCGAACAAGAUGGUGUCUCUGGGUAAGCUCCAACUGGUCGGCGCCACAGCCAUUUUUGUUGCAGCCAAGUACGAGGAGAUCAACUGCCCCUCCGUACAAGAGAUUGUCUUCAUGGUCGAUGGCGGCUACACUGUGGAUGAGAUCCUCAAGGCGGAGCGUUUCAUGCUGAGCAUGCUCCAGUUCGAGCUGGGCUGGCCUGGUCCCAUGAGCUUCCUGCGUCGCAUCAGCAAGGCUGACGACUACGACCUGGAGACUCGAACCCUGGCCAAGUACUUCCUGGAGGUGACCAUCAUGGACGAGCGCUUCAUAGGGUGCACUCCCAGCUAUCUUGCCGCUGGUGCCCACUGCCUAGCACGCUUGAUGCUAAAGAAGGGCGAUUGGUCUCUCGGACACAUCCACUACUCAGGAUACACGUGGAUUCAGCUCAAGCCUCUUGUGGCCAUGCUGCUCGAGUGCUGCCGGUCCCCACAAAAGCACCACACUGCCGUUUACGAGAAGUACGCCGACCGCCGAUUCAAGAAGGCCUCCACCUUCGUCGAGGAGGAGGUGAACAAGGGAUUCGUACUUCCUUUCCACCACUCUGUUCCACGGCUGUCACUAUGCAGUGCCUCUCACGGGACCUCUUCCUCGUUGAAGUUCCCCCUACCCGACCUGAUCCUCGCCGAGUCCUGA